GAGGAUUUUUGACUAGAUCCGUGUCGAUUCUCUCUUUCAGUUCCCACACCCGUCUGCCGGAACCCGCCACCCAUGGCCGCUGUCGACGUCGCCUCCGAGCUCAUCGACUUCCUCAACGCCUCGCCCACUGCUUUCCACGCCGUCGAUGAGGCGAAGCGGCAGCUGAAGGCGGCGGGGUUCGAGCAGCUGUCGGAGCGGGAGGAGUGGACGGGGCUCCAGCCCGGCGGGAAGUACUUCUUCACACGCAACCACUCCGCCCUCGUCGCCUUCGCCAUCGGCGCCAAGUAUGUUGCUGGUAAUGGGUUCCACAUCAUUGGCGCUCACACGGAUAGUCCGUGCCUCAAGCUCAAGCCUGUCACCAAGAUAACUAAGGGAGGUUAUCUGGAGGUUGGAGUACAAACUUAUGGAGGUGGAUUGUGGUACACAUGGUUUGACCGUGAUCUUACUAUUGCGGGUCGGGUGCUCGUAAGAGAGAAGAAGGGAGGCACAGUCUCUUAUGCACAUAAGCUUGUAAGAGUGCAAGAGCCUAUCAUGAGAAUCCCCAGUUUGGCUAUUCACCUAAACAGGACUAUCUCCUCGGAAGGUUUCAAGAUUAACAAUCAAGAUCAUCUUGUCCCUGUGCUGGGCACACUGGUUAAGAAUGAAAUGCAGGCAUUAGUAAAAGAAAAUGCUUCACAGGAGUCAAUUGGGACCAAUGACGCAAAGCACCAUCCACUACUGUUGCAGUUGAUUGCUAGAGAGGCUAACUGUGAAGUUGAUCAGAUAUGUGACUUUGAGCUGCAGCUGUGUGAUACUCAACCAAGCAUUAUAGCUGGUGCCAUGAAAGAAUUCAUAUUUUCAGGAAGGCUUGACAACCUUUGCAUGUCAUUUUGUUCACUGAAGGCCCUAGUAGAGUCAACCUCUGCUGAGCACUCACUUAAUGAUGAACCUGGUGUUCGAAUGGUGGCUCUUUUUGACCAUGAAGAGGUUGGUUCUGAUUCAGCUCAGGGAGCUGGUUCACCUGCGAUGCUGGAUGCUUUAACAAGAAUUACGGGUUCAUUUAACCAUUCAAACUCUAAGUUGCUAGAAAAGGCUAUUCAAAGGAGCUUCCUAGUAUCUGCAGAUAUGGCUCAUGCCUUACACCCCAAUUAUAUGGACAAGCAUGAGGAGAACCACAAGCCAAAGUUGCAUGGUGGACUUGUGAUUAAGCACAAUGCUAAUCAACGAUAUGCCACUAAUGCUGUAACAGCUUUUAUUUUCCGGGAAAUAGCUGAGAGGCACCAACUCCCUAUCCAGGAUUUUGUAGUUCGCAAUGACAUGGCUUGUGGUUCGACAAUUGGCCCAAUACUUGCUAGCGGUGUUGGUAUCCGUACUGUGGAUAUUGGUGCGCCACAAUUAUCAAUGCACAGCAUCAGGGAGAUGUGUGCCGUUGAUGAUAUCAAGUACUCAUAUGAACACUUCAAAGCAUAUUUUGAAGAAUUCACUGAAUUAGAUAGCAAAGUCAAAGUAGACUGUUGAGGUGUAAGCAAAUAACCUUGUUGGGUCAGUAGCGCUGCUGUUAUUGAAACAACCUUUACCUUUUAUGGUCACAGCUAUCAUGCGUAAUAAUAAGUGAAGCCGGAUAAUUUUAGCCAUGAA